AUGCAAACGGAAGCCAAGUCCGUGGCGCCACCGGCCAAGCCGCCGCGCCUGAAGCCCAACAAUGCCGAAACGCACGUCAAGAAACAACUGCAGUUCCAAAGUCCGUUGCCAGGACGAUCACGUGCAGCGGCAGCCACUGAUGCUGCCUCGACAAUGGCAGCGAGGGCGACAAAGCCGAGGCGAACUCCAGUCAAGUCGAAGACGCCCCCAGACAGCAGCAAGCGGGAUGCGGAGGCGGCAGCGGAUGCGAGCACGGACGCCGCUGCGGAUGCGACUACGGCAAUAAGAAGUCGUCUCGCCGAGGGCUGCACCACUCUAAUGUAUGCGUGUCUGCGGGGCGACAUUGUGCAGGUGCUCGCCCAGAUGCGCGCCAAGCCCCAACUGCUGCGGCAACGUGACCGUAGCAACCGCAACGCGCUGCAUUAUUGUGCCGCGCAGGAUCUGGAGCAGACGCGCGACCUCGUGGCGGCCGCAAGCAUUGCGAUUGCAGCUCCCGAGCUGCUGGAGUCGGCCGAUGAGGAUGGCUUCACGCCGCUUCACUUGGCUGUUAUUCAGGGCAACUUGGCGAUGGUCAAUUUGCUGCUAGCGAACAAAGCCGAUGUGAAUGCGGUGGACAAUGAAGGCCACUCGGUGGUGCACUGGGCCACGGUGUGCGGCGAAAUUGAGGCACUGCGCGCUGUGCUGGCGGCCGGGGCCAGCGUGGCCAAGCCCGACGUCAAUGGCGGCACGCCCCUGCACUAUGCCGCCCAGAUGUGCGGCGCCAGCUACGACAACAAGCAGCAGUCCAAUUCCAGCAAGCUGGCCCUCGAGAUUCUUGGCAUACUGCUCGCCCAUCCGCAGGCCAGCGUCGACGUCCAGGACAAGGACGGACGCCAGCCGCUGCUGUGGGCCGCCUCGGCGGGCUCGGCCAAGGCGGUCAUAGCCCUGGUGAAGGCAGGCGCACGCGUCGAGAGCGCAGACAAGGACGGGCUGACCGCGCUGCACUGCGCCGGCUCGCGCGGCCACACGGAGUGCAUCGACACGCUGAUCAGCCUGUGCGGCGCGCCCACAGAUCUGAUUGACUCCAAUGGCUGCACGGCGCUGCAUUAUGCCGUGACGCUGGGCCAUGCGGAUGCCACGGCACGGCUGCUGGACCUCGAGGCCGAUCCCAAUCGGCAGGAUCGCAAGGGCCGCACGCCAGCCCACUGCGGCUGCUCCAAGGGCCAGUUCGAGACGCUGAAGCUGCUGAAGGAGCGCGGCGCCAACCUCUGGCUGCGCAACGCCAAGGGCGACCUGCCGCUGCACGAGGCGGCCGCCUCGGGGCGCCGCGAGCUACUCGAGUGGCUGCUCUCCCAGCGACCCAAGCAGGUGAACACCACCAGCAACGACGGACGCAGCCUGCUCCACACGGCUGCCGCCAACGACUACACGGACAUGUGCAAGCUCCUGCUGGACUACGGCGGCGAUGUGAACGCGCUCUAUCGCAAUUCCCGGGGCCUGGUGCUGACGCCGCUGGACUGUGCGCUGCAGCGCGGCCAUCGCUCCACGGCCAAGUUCCUGCAGUCGCACGGCGGCCAGCCGUCCAACAAGCUGCGGCUGGCAGCACGGCGCGGCAAUCCCUUCCACGACGGCAACGCCGCGGACCUUGUGCGUCCGCUGAAGUACAUGGAGAAGGAGGAGCUGCACGACUUGCGCAGCUCCAAGAAGUAUGUCGUCUAUCUGAAGCGCACCGAUUCGGAUGGCGGCGGUGGUGCUGCGGGAGUGGAUGAGGAGGAGGAGUGCAGCUGCACGGAGCAGUCCUACCGUAAGGAGCAGCGGCUGGAGCACAUCUGCCGACGCCACAAGCGCCGCCAGCUGCGACGGCGCACCAACAGCUGUGGCGAGAGCCCGCACGAGCGCUGCGGCGACAUCUGCCGCUCCAAGAGCAACAUUGAGAUACGGCGGCGCAAGUCCAGGGAGCGCUACGCCAGCACCAGCGAAGACGACAACGACGAGGAUGACGAGGACUCCUGCGAGAACUGCUGCUACCACAAGCGCCAGAAGCAGCGAGUGGUGCAGCGCAAGCGCUCCACGCCCUCGCACAGAUCCAAGGAGCUGCCUGGCAGCGAGCACGACGCCAACGGCUCGGCGAGCAAGAUUGAGCACAUAGUGUCUGUAUCCCAGGAGCAGACGGACAGCGCCAGUGCGGCACAAGCCGCUGAGACAAGCAGCAGUCAGAUGCAGCCGGCCACACCGACGGCCACCAAGGAGGGCACCUUCAUCAAGUCGCCUCCGCAGAGCGCGAAGAGCGAGAAGGCAGCGGCUGUGGAGCCGGACAGCUUGAAGGUAGCAGAGAGCCAUGCCAUGGAGCUGACGGAUGAGGAGCCUGAGGCCGCCAAGUCGGUGACCACCCAAGUGGAUGUGCACCACGAUGCCGAGCAGCAGCUGUCCAAGUCGCUGGACGAGCCACCAGCAGAGCCGCCAGCAGAGCCGCCAGCAGAGCCAGCAACUGCAGCCGACAGUGGAGCAGAUGUAAAGAGGCAACUGAGCGAGGAGGACACCAAGCUGGUGUCCACUGAGGUCGAGCAGAUGAUCAAGAUAGCCGCCACGGCACUGAGCAGCGAGUCGAAGAGCUCCACCGAAGAUGCAUCAGUGAAGGGUCAGCAGGAAGCCGCCGAGGGGUCAGCGGGGUCAACGAACAAUGAACCUGCGGAAAAUAAAAGCUCUGGCGUUGAUUUGGAGAAAGCAAAGCCUUCCGAAACACCCACUGCCAGCACCGCAGCACCUCCGCCUCCGCCUCCUGCUGAAUCCGCAGCCAAGCAGCCGCAGUCGGAUACACCUGAGCCGCCCUCAAAGACCGCAGCAGAGGCGGAGGCUGGCAGCAAAUUGGAGCAGAUGGCGGCUGAGCCGAAAGGUGAGACAAAGCCCUCGUUGCCUGCUGCCACGCCUACCCAACCACAAGCUGAGCCCGCAAAUCCACAGCCCAAGCCACCAGUCACGCAGCAGCAACAACAACAACAACAACAACAUGAUGAACAGCAACCACAACGUGAGCAGGAAUCUAGACGCUCCUUUACGCUGCUGCCCUCGGAUUCGGCUGAUGACGAGCCAGCGGCAGCUGCUGCAUCCGCCUCCGAUGAGCCCGUGCGCAAGUCCAGUUUUCAGGUGCUGAAGAGCGAUGAAUCCGCUGGCGAUUUGGAAGAGUCGCCGCGUCCAGCUGAGCUCAGCUUUGGCGGUGGCAAUCAAGUCUUUCAGGUGGUGCACGACGGCACCGCCAGCUCCAAGCUGCCCAGCGCAUCGGAGCUGGACAAGGUCGACUACGAGUACGAGGAGUUCGACGAUGGCGCAGAUGACGACGAUGCAGACGACAUUGAUCCGGAGCACGACAGUGCUCUGCGUCGGUUUUUGAGCAGUGGCCGCCAUGGCGUGGGCGGCGAGGUGGGCGUCACCAGUGACGCCACAGCAGCCGCCGAGGGCUACGAUGGGCUGGCGAACGGGCGCAAGCGGCGGCUGAAGAAACGCGUACGCAGCGGCGCCAAGACGCGCAGCAACUGGAAGCACUCGCAGGAGUCGCACGAGAGUCACGCGUCGCUGGCCACCGCUGCAGCCAGCAAGGAUCAGGACUCGGGCUUUGAGCCCAGUCCGCGUGCGGAGCGCACAAAGAUACCCACGCCGCGCACCGCCCACACGGCCAUGCCCCGCCGCCCCAUCUAUGCCACCCUGGACGGGCGCUCGUGCAGCAGCCGGCUGGAGAACCGCAAGCCCGGGGACAAGGGGGCCUGCGACAUGGGCGCCGUCACACGCUCCAUUCAGCGCAACAUCCGCAGAUACUACAUGGAGCGCAAGAUCUUCCAGCAUCUGCUGGAGCUCAAGUCGCUGCAAAUACGCUCCAACAAGCUGAACGAGGCGGUGCUGGUGAAGCGUGCCGUUGACGACUAUCACAAGUCGUGCGUGCUGCUGGGCGGCGAAACUGGGACAAGGCUGAGGCGUUACAAUUUCAGCGAAUAUACGUUCAAGAAUUUCGAGCUCUUCCUCUACGAGACGCUCAAGGGACUGCAAAAGCCGGGCACCAACAACUUCCAGAACAUCAAUGAGGUGUACGAGGAGGCGGAGCGUCGUCUGAGUCCCGACUACAAUGCUUACGAGAAGGCGUUGCACUGCACCACCAAGACGCACCGCUGCCUGCAUGCCGCCCACGCCUACACGGGCAUACCCUGCGCCGCCUACAUUCCAAUGAUGAAUCACCACACGAUGCCCAAGUUUGGCUUUGGACAGUACAAAAAGGCCGGCAGCGUUAGCAGUUUUUAUUUGCCAAAAAUUCUGACCAGUGGCCGCGGCUCGAGCGGACGCGCCGCUGCCGGCAUGGACGUGGGCGUCGGCGUCGAUGUCGGCUUCGGCGGCAGCGGGAAAUGCAGCCACAAAGUUGCUCUCGAGCUGUCACACGGCAAGAGCAAGCAGCUAAUUUCACUGCCAGCCAACAAGUUGGACAGCAAUAAACGCUACUAUGUGACGUUCACAGUUAAGGAUUCUCCCGGGCAGUUUGCCACUAGCGAGGCGCAUAAACCGAACCACCACUACGGCCAACACCACCACCAACAACAGGAACAGCAGCAGCAGCAGCAGCAACAGAAAUAACAGCAAUCAGGCUGCGCUGCCAGCGACCCGAAUGCCAUGUAGCAUGCGGCGUAUACGUAAUGUGACAGAGCCUCAGCCGCGAGCGUUGCCAUCUGCGGUCUGACGUUAUAUUACCCAUACGCAGUGUGAGCUCCGCUGCAACACGCAUCAAACAUCAGAAUCAGCAUCCGCAGCAGCAGCAGAAGCAACAGCAGCGGCGCUGCGCCAAAUGCAUUAAAACAAUGCGACAUUUCUGCUGUCCGCUUUUUACUCUCUUUUUUUCAGUUUUUCUUUUUAUAUUGUUUUUUUUUUUUUCCUCCGUACAGUGAGACCGCCCGUUGUCCAACUCUUUUUGUAUGUUGGCUUUUUGUUUGUGCCUUUUGUUGCUGUUGUUGUUGUUGUUGCCUUUGGGUUUGUUUGCGUCCUGCGCUCGUCCUUCCUGCGUUGUUUUUGCUGCUUUGCUGCACUUUAAGAUGGCCAACUGCUGAUAAUGGAUGAUGGCGCUGCGCUGCACUGUGCUGUGCUGCUCGGCGCUCCGCUGCGACUGUCAGUUGGCGUUGUCACGCCAGCAGCGUUCGCGGCAACAGCAGCUUGAAUUACUUAUACAGUCAACUCCCAGACACCCCCAGUUCACUGCCAGCACCCCUAGCGCCCCUACCGCCCCUCCACUGUGUUCUGUUUUGUUUGCUAUACGACUGUUGUUGCGCUUUUAUUUCAGUUUUUCAUUAUCAUCGCUUUUUUCAGACGCCGCUGCUAUUGCUAUUGCUGUGUACGCUGCUAAUGCCACAGAUAAGCGUUGUUAUUAACGCUCGGCUUACCAGCACGACGCAGCAGCAGCAGCAGCAGCAGCAGCGAACAUGAGGAGUCGCCACACACACACACAGAGAGAGUCCUGGCUCGCCUCGCUUCAGUUCGUCUGGGUGCUGCUCCUCGCGUUGCUUGAAAGCGACAGCAGCGCUGAAUGAAUAAAUGUAAAAUAUGUACCGUGCA